CCUCCCAUCAACAAGAAGCUAAAGUAACCACUCAACCAGCUUAUCUUCCCAAUGGCCAAAGAGAGAAAGGUGAAACAAGAAGAAGAAGAAGCUCCAAUCCAUGGAGACAUCUUAGAGACCAUACUGUCGCACGUGCCUCUUAUCGACCUCGCGCCUUCAUGUCACGUUUCCAAGACAUGGGAACGCGCCGUUACCUCGUCUCUCCGACACUUGAACCCAACAAAGCCGUGGCUCGUUGUCCACACUCAGAGCACUCGAUCCCCGUACGCCACGACCAUGCAUGCGUACGACCCACGCUCGAGCGUGUGGGUGGAGAUCCAGCAGCCGUCGAUCAAUUACGUCUCUGCCCUCCGAUCGUCGCACUCCACCCUCCUCUACAUGUUGUCACCGUUCAAGAUUUCCUUCUCCGUCGACCCGCUAAACCUGACGUGGCACCGGGCCGACGCCUCGCUCGUGUGGCGACCCGACCCAAUUGUCGCGCUGGUGGGCCACCGCAUCGUGGUGGCGGGCGGCACGUGCGACUUCGGGGAAGACCCACUCGCGAUGGAGACCUACGACCUGAGGACCCGCACGUGGGACACGUGCGGAUCGAUGCCCUCGAUCCUGAAGGACUCCGCAGCUUCGACGUGGCUCUCGGUGGCCGUGGACGAGCACAGAAUGUACUUGACGGAGAAAAGUAGCGGUGUGACGCACGUGUUCAAUCCCAGCACCAAGACCUGGCAAGGACCGUUCGAUCUGCGGCCCGGUAAGCAAGUUUUCUCCUCCUUGAUCGGGUUCGUCAGCGACCGCAUGGUUCUGGUGGGUCUAAUCGGAGACGCCGAGAAUGUAAAAGGCGUAAAAUUGUGGGAAGUGGAGGGUGAAAUGUCAGAGUUGAAGUUGAAGGAGAUGGGUGAGAUGCCAACGGAGCUUGUGGAAAAGCUGAAGGGUGAGAGCCCUUGUGUGACGUCGAUUGCUAUGACUUCGAUGGGCGAUUACGCGUAUUUGCACAAUCCCUCGGAUCCUGGGGAGUUGAUUUUGUGCGAGGUGGCGGACGGUGUGUGCAAGUGGGGGAGUUUACGUAAUGCGGUGGUGAACGAUGCGACUCGGAUGCGGAAUUUAGUGUUCACGUGUUCGAACGUAGGACUCGGCGAUGUGGAGGACUCACUCCGGUCUGGGCGUCGGAGACAUGGAGUAAUAGAUUCGUAAUGGGAUACGUGGCACAGGACGAUUGCUCAACCGGAGGAGUUUCCACUUUCCCCCUUCUUUUUUAUUUUUUUAAUCUUUUAAUUUGUUUAUUUAUUUUGGGUCCAGUUUGGGCCGAAGUUACCAACGACCCGGCCCCUUGGAUGUAGGCACCAGCAGUCAUCUAAUUUAUGUAAAAGUUACGAUUUAUGCAAAAAUAAAAAUGUGGAAGAAAAAAAA